GGAUCAUCGCAGCCGCGGGGCUGACUCAUGCCCGGCUGAGUUAAAACUGCUGCAGCGCCUGGGAACACAAAGAGUCUGCUGUGAGCCUCUGCUGAACACUUCUCACUCCAUAAAGCGCCAGCUGUGGAUCCGCGGGGACCGGACCUGUGGAUGAGAACCUGAUGAUGGACGGAUCAGGACUCCUGCUGCUGCAGCCGCUGCUGCUGCUGCUGCUGCUGCUCAGCCUCAGAGCUGCACUGUGUGAGGUGGAGUGGACAGAGCUAAACGAAGCAGAGGCGUAUUUAAAGCAGUACGGCUACUUAAAUGACCCAGCUGACCCACAGGACCCUUCUUACCUGGAGGAGGUCAUUGAAGCACUGAGAGUCUUCCAGGGGGUGAAUGAGCUGCCCCCUACUGGAGAGUUAGAUGAAGCCACGCUUGGAGUGAUGAGGCAGCCCCGCUGCGGCUUGGAGGAUCCGUUCAACAAGAAGUUACACAAGUACAAAGUGAUGGGUCGUUGGAGGAGGAAGAGACUCACCUACCGCAUCCACAACUACACACCUGACAUGGUGAGGUCGGAGGUCAGGAAGGCCCUCCGCUCUGCCUUUAAGUACUGGAGCGAUGCGGCUGAUCUGACGUUCACAGAGAUCGACUUUGGCAGAGCAGACAUCAAGAUCUCUUUUCAUAAGAAAGAUGGCUUCUGCCCAGUCCCGUUUGACGGCCGGGGUCACGUGCUGGCUCAUGCUGAGUCACCAGAAUCUGGGAUCGUCCAUUUUGAUGAAGACGAGUUCUGGACGGAGGCAUCAUACUACGGCACUAACCUGCGUAUCGUGGCUGCCCAUGAAAUAGGACACGCUCUGGGACUGGGUCACUCCCAGUUCAGGAGCGCUCUGAUGGCACCAGUUUAUGCCGGUUAUCGCAUCAACUUCAGGCUGCAUUCAGACGAUGUUAACGGCAUUCAGACACUUUACGGCAAACCCAUCAGCACCAUAACGUCCAGUACACCGACCCUGGGCAGCCCGGUGGAGAGCAGCUCCAUACCGGACCCCUGCACUGCGGACCUGGACGCCAUCAUGUUGGGACCGUGGGACAAAACCUUCGCCUUUAGUGGGGACUAUGUGUGGACUAUCUCUGAUAUGGGCCACAACAGUCCAAUAAGGAUCAACAGACUGUGGUGGGAACUCCCGGGAAGCCUGAACGCUGCUGUCCACUCACAGAGAACCAACAAGACGUACUUUUUUAAAGGCAGUAAAGUGUGGAGGUACACGAGGUUCAUGCUUGACUACGGCUACCCCAAACAGGUCAAACGCGUCCCGCCUAACGUCGACGCAGCCUUAUACCUGCAGAUUAACCAGAAGCUUGUUUUCAUAAAGGGAUCGGACCACUGGCAGUUUGAUGAGGUGAAACCCAAUUUUUCUUUCUACCCUAAGCCGCUGAGCAAGCUCGUUAGCGGGUUGCCGUCCUCUCCGGACGCAGCCUUCACCUGGAACAACGGAAAGAUCUUUUUCUUCAAGGGCGACAACUACUGGAGAGUGAACGAGCAGCUGAAAGUGGACAGCUGGUACCCGCAGAGCAAGGCGAAGCGAUGGAUGGGAUGCUAGCGACCCACCACCAGGGGGCAGCAGCAACCAGACGACGGGAUUCUGACUCCAAUCCCGAGGGCAUUGACUAAUGAACCUCAACAUCAGUGAUUAAUUGUGAAUUGGUAAAAAAAAAAUUGUGAGAAACUGACUGACUUAACUUCACUGGAUUUUAUUACUGUUGAGCCCCUUCAGGCUGAUUUGUGGGGAGUAGAAAGUCUCCACAGGCUGAUGAAUUAUGUAAGCUUCAGUAUAAUUUUGGAGAGAAAUCAAGGCCAUCUGUUUUUCUUUUUUCUUCCACAUAUGUGUUGGAUUAUGUGUUGCAACACUUUUGUUAAGAUGUUACAUUAUGGCUUUUUUUCUUGCAUGUUGUGCAUGUUCUGUAUCAGUUUUUUUUUUAAAGAGAAAAUGUGAGAUUUUAUAAACUAAAAAGACAUUGUCAACAAUGCAAACGUUUUGCUCUGUCAGCAGAAGAAGCUGUUCAUAAUUACAUAAAAAUCAGAUAACUAUGCUACGUUCAUAGUGAUGAAAGAACGGUCUGUCCUGCAUUGUGCUAUCUGCACAAAAAAAGAGAAGAAAAAAAUUUGGAGGCGCCAUGGCAACGCCAACCAAUCAGAGGGUGGGAAAUCCUCCCCAUGACCUCUUUAUUGUGGAUGAAAAAUCCAGUGAGUAAUGCUGCUGGAGUUGCUGAGAACCAGAGGAGACAAACAGUGCUGCACAGUCGAGCCAAAUUUUGAGUUAAAACUGUUUUUUUUAUUAAAAUCUGUGAAAACUAUUAACAAGUAUUUACACAUUCAGGCAACAAGUGUGCUGUUUUUGAAAAACAACAAACAAAACGUUAAAUCUUUAAACACAACCUACAAAAAAAAAAGGGCAACAAAAAACCCCUCAAACAUGCAGUUUUGUCCUUUUUUUAAACACUACCAGGUACUAGAUUAUCACAUAAAUUACGUUUAUAAAACAUUAGCAUACUGUGUUCUGACCAAAGCUAUGAAGUAAAAAAAAAACAAAAACAAACAGAUCUACGGUAGAUCUAAAACAGAUCCUGGAGGCUCCAGCAGAGAACAUUGAAAAACAGUUUCUCUGCAGAUUUACUUUACAUUGUCAGACGCCAUGAACUCACAUCACAUCUCACCAUUUAACCACACAGAAAACAAAUAGAGAUGCACCAAUCAAUUGGCCAGGAAUCGGAAAUGAGCUAAUUUUCCCUCACUGAGCUCUGAUCAGUAAUUCUGAACAAUCAAGCCAUUUAUUCACCACAUGCAUUUUUCAGUGAAUAACCCUUGUUGGAUUAAAAACACUGUUUAUGUAGUAAUUUAUUGCUAAUACACUGGCACAGAUAAAGAUGAAACAGAACAUUAUUUACAUUCUGAUGUGUAAAUGUGAUUUAAUCUUCUCAAAACUUUGUGGAUCAGUGUUUUCUAGUAUUUCAGUAAAAUGUUAAACCAAAUUCAAAAAAGAGAAUGCGAACGUAGGAAAGGUCCAAUAUUUCCAACAAAUUUUUUUUUUAUCAUACCAACUUUUUGUAUAAUUUCUAAAUAUGAUUUAAAUGUCUAAAAAAUCAUCUAAAGAUCACAAUCAAGUCAAUUUUUCUUGAUCAGCUCAAAUACUGAGGCAUUUUGGAUUUUUUUACAAUUUAAUAAAUGGAUAAAGAAAUACCACCGUGAAAGGAUAAUAUUUUCCAGUAGAAUCUCUUUUCUGGAUGGUAAAUAUCACCCUUAAUUCACCACAUUUUGCUGAGAAAUGUAUAUAUUUUUUUGUAAGUUAAGUGGAAAAGAACUGAACAUAUUUACAUUUUAAUGCUGUAAGUUAAACAAAACCAACAGCAGGUACCUUGAUGUGUUUUUCACUGAACCUCAGAUAAAGGUUAGGGAGUUCAGAAUAGUUCAGAUAAAUAUUAGGGGAAGUGCUGUGAUGAAUAAAUGGGGAUGUUUUUGCCGUUCAUUUUAUAUUAAAUUCAACACUAGAACGUCUACUGAGGAACCUGCAGCACAUGUUUUACAGAAACUAAAACACUAAUCUGCUCAGACCUCAAAGACGUUUUGAAAAUCAGCAGAAAAACAAAAGAUUGGUGCAUCUCUAAAAAUAAAAGAAGUACAUAAAAUCAAACGCAUUACUUCAUCAAAUCCUACAACCACCCAACUAGCAUGUAAGACGUGUAAUACUAAAACUCUUCAUGGUAAUGGCUAACUUCUGAAGUACAGUACACUAAAUGCAGAGAUACGUCUGUUUCUGAGGCUUCCAGUUGUUGCUGUGUAUCAAAUACACAAUAAGUGGAAAUGGGAGACCUUAUUCUGUUAGUAUCGACUGGAUACUGUUUCUCUGAGAAACACAGUGGUCAUAGUGGUUUUAACACCAUCAAAACAGAGUUCGAUGCUUGUUAUCCCUCAGUGGCAUUCUGUUUGACACACAGGACUCACCGCAAAACAAACAAAAAAAAAAAAAACACAUCCUCGCUACCAGAUCUACUUCACAGCAA